GCGACGUGGUUGGCAUUUUUGCGUCUGUAUAACCACCCGGGCCGGUCGGGCUCCUCAGACUCCUUUCCGCCGUCGCGAGAGCGCCGUCAGCGUGCUCAACCGAUGGCCUCCUACACGGCCUACAGCGGCUACACCAAGCCGGCGGUGUCCUACGCCGCCUCGUACUACGACGACAAGCGUCCCUACUCGGCGCCCUACACCGGGCCUUACGCGGGGCCCUACACGGCGCCCUACACCGACUACACCGACAACAAGGACUCGCUGUAUGAGGAGAAGAAGAAAAUCGAGAAGAGGAAGCGCAAGUACGCCUACUGCUGCGAGGUGGUGGCCCUGGUGGUGGGCUUCAUCGGACUGAUCGGCGUGGCGGCGACGACGGGCCUGCCCAUGUGGAGGGUGACGGCCUUCAUCGAGGAGAACAUCAUCGUGAUGGAGACGCGCUGGGAGGGCCUGUGGAUGAACUGCUACCGGCAGGCCAACAUCCGCAUGCAGUGCAAGGUCUACGACUCGCUGCUCUUCCUGCCGCCAGACCUGCAGGCGGCCCGCGGCCUGAUGUGCGCCUCGGUGGCCGUCACCUGCUUCGCCCUGAUCGUCUCGGCCGUGGGCAUGAAGUGCACCAAGGUGGUGGACUACCGCGCUCGCACCAAGCACAUCGUCCUGGUGGUCGGCGGCGCCCUCUUCCUGCUGGCCUGCGUCACCACGCUCAUCCCCGUGUCCUGGACGGGCCACAGGAUCAUCCAGGAAUUCUACAACCCGCUACUGAUCGACGCCCAGCGGCGGGAACUGGGCGAGGCGCUCUACAUCGGAUGGGUGACGUCGGCGUUGCUGUUCGCCGCCGGGGUCAUCCUGCUGAGUCGCCACGCCCCGCGCACCCAGGACCCCGACCAGAGGGUCAUAUACAACCCCGCCUCGUACGUCUACGGAUCCGCGUACGGGCCCCAGAGCAACUACCAGCCCGCGUACGCCUACCAGCCCACCUACUCCGCACCCCCGCCGGGGUCUCUGGCCUACACUCCGGUGCAGUAGGCCGGAGACCAUUUUUCUUCCGUUUGCCAAAAUAAGUGACAAAAAAAAGUAUUCCAGUAUGUGUGUGUGAGAUUUUCUGUGGAACGGAUUGAUUUGAUUCAUGUCUUACGGGCAUCACGAUGACGAUGCGUUUGACGAUGAUUGUAGGUUUUUGCCUUUGAAAUGUUCUUUGAGAAAAUGAUGCACUAAAAGAAAAUUCUAUUUUUUUUGUUUUUUUCCACCAUUGAGGUUUUAUGAACUGUACAUAGUUGAUUUUUAUUACGAGGGCCCUCCCCGGUGCUCAAUAAAUAGAGACGGUUGAG